GAUUAGUCAGUAAUGGCGGAAAUAAAACUUGUCCAUGUACCUGGGCAUAAACCGAUUAGAAUAUUGAAAUGGUUGGUAAAGAAAGGGGAAUGGAUAAAACAUGGCACACCUCUUGCGAUAUAUCGACACGUGGAAGAUCCAACGAAGCAAACAAAGAUGAAAGAAUUACAUCUGAAAUCGAAACAUGUUGGGACAGUGAAAAUGUUCUUGAUGCACGAAGGCCAAGUUGCCAUUUCUGAGGGCGUUCUACUGGAAAUAGAAGGUUGCGCUCACCCAGUUGUGAUGAAGGAUAUGUGUGCCGAGUGCGGUCAGGAUCUCAGAAUGAUAGAUGAGGGCCGGGCCAAGCAUGAAAGACAGAAAUCACAUUCUGCUACCGUUUCUAUGAUUCCGAGCAUUCCUGAGCUGCGAAUUAGCGCUGAACAAGCGGAAGAAAUCGCACAACAAGAUAAAAACAGACUUCAUCGGAUGAAAAAACUUGUAUUAUUGGUGGAUUUGGAUCAAACAUUGAUUCAUACGACACAAGAUCCAGGGCUCGCAGCUCUUUGCCAUUCCACAGAUGAAUUUUAUUCUUUCCAGCUCAGUAAAAAUGACCCAAUGCUAUUCACGAAACUUCGUCCUCAUUGUCGUGAGUUUUUGAAAGAAAUAUCUCAGCGUUAUGAAUUGCAAAUCGUUACAUUCGGUUCACGGCAGUACGCUCACAAAAUUGCUGACUUCAUUGAUAAAGAAAAAAAAUAUUUUGCUCACCGGAUCCUGUCAAGAGAUGAGUGCAUUCAUCCGUUUAAAAAAUCUGGAAAUCUUCGACAUUUAUUUCCUUGUGGCGAUUCUAUGGUUUGCAUUAUUGAUGACAGGGAUGAUGUUUGGAACGCCGUGCCAAACUUGAUCAUGGUCAGAAAGUAUAAUUAUUUCCAAGGGACAGGCGACAUCAACAAUCCAUACAAGAAGGAACUACAGAAAACAGAAAUUGAAGUGAGUCGACGCAAACGCAAAUCUGAGGAAGAAGGAACAGAGAGAGUUUCUGAUGCAAAACGAACGAAGGAAGAUAUUGAUGGACCACUGGAUUCGAAUAAAAAUAAAAUUGUCACCAAAGACGAGGUGGACGAUGAUUUGAAUAUUUCGUCUGAUUCCGAAUCGAGUUCAGACUCUGGGUCAAGUACGAGCAGUAGCGAUAAUUCAACCUCGGAUGGCGAAGAUACACAGAAGUCCGAAGCUUUAUUGCAACCGUCGGUCGAUCAAACCUCAGAACAAAAUGGUGACAAAUCGCCCAGUGUAUCUCAUGAGUCACAGCAGAAAGAACAAAACUCUGUAACAUCAGAAGAAAAUUCUGAUACAAAAAAUGGGCUGAUUGAAGCAAAAAAAUUACCAAAUGGCAAAGAAACGAAAUCUGAAGUGGAAGGGAAUAGUUCUUCUGGAGAAACGUUACCUGUGUCCUCGCAAGAGCCGGAAUCCUCUCAGGAGACAUUUCAACGUGAGUUGAGCGGUUUCAGCAAAGGUGGAGAGAGUCAAGAAUUCGUGAAUGCUUUAUCAUCACAAGAAGAGAGCAGCGACAUGCGUCAAAAUUUUCAAGAUAAUGACGAUUAUUUGAAAUAUUUGCAAGAUAUUUUGACGCAGAUUCAUAACACAUAUUACGAAGCUUACGAGAAAUAUCUCAAUAAAGACUUCAAAGAUUUACCUGAUGUGCGAGGAGUCGUCCCUUUCUUACGAAGUAAAGUUCUAUACGGAUGUUCUAUCGUAUUCACCGGUGUCAUACCCCAGACGUUCACGCUACCCAAGCAUCGACAUCGGGCCCACGUUACGGCGCGACAACUCGGGGCACAGGUGGAAGAUGAUGUUUCGGAUCGAACCACGCAUCUCAUUGCAAUGAAAAAAGGAACGACAAAAUACCAAGAUGCAUUGAAGCGGAAAAAGAUCAAAAUGGUUGCGGUUGAAUGGCUUUGGUGCUGCUCAGAACGCUGGGAAAAAGUAGAAGAAAAAAUAUUCCCAGUUCCUAAUAAAUAUAUAGAAAAAGAUAAAUCUAUUGUUCCAGCAGAGAAAGUUCAGGAAGCGAUAAUUCUCCAGAACCGAACACAAGGAACUUACGAUCCUGUGACUGGGAAACUAAUUAAAAAGGUACAAGACCCAAGAUUUAGUUUCAUGGUGGCCGAAUCCCAGCAUCGAAAGAAAGAACCGCAAGCCCCAUUAUAUUCAUCACUUCUCGUUCCCGAUGAAGUCGUGCCUGUUGAUCCCGUUGCCAAGAAAUGUUCAACCCCAUCGUCAUGGAAACAUAAUGUUUUGUCUAAAAGCAACACCAUGCCAGUCGCCGCAAGAAGUAGGAAACGAAGUAUGGUAGAGAUUGUUGGCAUCGGAUAUUCACUUUCUACUGACGAUAUCGCUGAUAUGGACAAGGAAGUCGAUGAUUUACUGGGGAGUAGCGACGAGGAGGAAGAUAAAACAGAAGACCGGUUGCAGGGAACGUCGGCCAUGAACAAACCCCAAAGCAGUGAGAAUCUCGGGACUUUAGUGGAGGAAGAUCCCACUUUGAACAAAGAUUCACAGGAAGAUGAAAGUGAUGAUGAUGAUUUUGAUGAGAUGGCAGCACUACUGAAUGCAGAGAUGCAUUAUGAGGAGCAAUGACUUAGCUGGUGAUCGAUCUCUCGAUUGAGUUUUAUUCAGCAAUACUUCUUAGUACGAUGGCCAAGUGUUCGGAGCUUGAGAAUUAACUGUGUCGUAGAUCAGACAUCUCGGGUUCAAAUCCCAUCUCACCCGGGAAGUAAAAUAUUGGGUUCACAAUGUUUAAUCUGGAAGACGCCGGUCCUUUUAUAGUGUGAUAUCAGUGGACCUGUG